GGGAUGUGGCACCGUGUACAUGUUGUGUUAACUGACGGCUCGGCGCCACAUCCCAAGCUUUCCCUUUAAUUCCUUGACUUAUGAUCCAUGACUGCAUAACCUGCAUGGCGUUUGCUCUACCAGUUGUUGAGUGUUAUUUUCCAGUCAGUAACGAUCGUAAACGACGUUAUCCCGGAAAAUGGCCAACCUACACUGAAGGUUCGUUGCUUGGAAACGUAAUGUUGAAUGAAGGUUGUUAACACGAAAGGACCGAGUGUGAAACAAUGUGUUCAGCGUUUUGUGUUGUAGUUACAUCGUUCAGUAAUAAAGUGACGUCGCAAGAAUAUGCCACGAGGUCUUAUUUCACGACAGGAGUUAUCCUUGUAUUGCUUUCAUAUCUGUGAUAAGAAUAGCCAGUGUAAUUACAUAAGACGGCAUACAAGGUCAUAAUACGUGGUUCGUACUUGGCAGAGUGUGUUGUACGAUUUGAUAGUGGUUAAAGAAAUCGCUAACGAUGACUUCCAAUACUGUUAAGGCAGGAACUUUUAUUUCUGUUUUAUUUGUUAUUAUAGCCUUAUUUUAUAGAAGGCAAGUGGACGAUGUGUUGAAAGACAGAUUGAAUUCAAUUCUUGAAGGGUUAGUGAAGGUUGAAAAGCAGUGUUCUGUGGAUACAAGACCAAAAGUUGCUGUAGGUUAUGGCGCCUGCAAUGACCUAUUCAUCGAUGGAAAAGAAUUAUUGAAGUAUGACGCUGUAGCAGAAAGUCCAGAACAUUUCAAUGAAAUAAGUUCAACGGAGGAGCUCCUGAAAACGUAUGCAUACUUUUUUCGUCAUGGAGCUGCAGCAGAGAGGUACAUCUCUAAUGACACGCUGUUUGAUGCAAUCGUGGAUAUUGCUUCCCGCAUUGAAGGCUCACAUUUUGCUCUUGGUGGAAAUGCCCCAGUUAUGGCAAAGAGGUUUUUUCUGGAAGGUUGUGAGGUCCUGCUGGCAGCAAAGAUGACACCAAAAUUACAGGAAUCUCUUCCAAAAGGAGUUAGAGUGGUAGGACGUGACAUUAAGAAAGAUGACGUCCAUUUGAUCUUGGAAUACAAAGAGGAUGAAGAUUGGGGUAUCUACAGGUCACCACGUGCCAAUAGGUUUAUUGUACAUAAUGAUCAUAACAAUCCUCUGGUGAGUUCACUGGAAGAAUUUGAUCAAUUGCUAAAGGAAUUUAACCCUAACUUACUGGUGAUCAGUGGCUUACAGAUGAUGGAUAAUUAUCCAUAUCCCAAAGGUGUACGAGAACAAAGGCUAUUAAAGAUUCGAGACCAAAUGGUGGCACAGUUGCCCAGUACAAGAGUUCACUUUGAAAUGGCAUCAUUUGCAGAAGCUGAAUUACUCCAUCAGCUUGCACAAUAUAUAACACCGUAUGCUGAUUCACUUGGAAUGAAUGAACAGGAGUUGGCCAACCUGUAUAAUAUGAUGAUGUAUGGCAACAUCAGCUUUGUGUCAGACUCCAACCCGCGUGUAGCAACAGUCCUUGAUCAGAUGAGAGAGAUUUUUCAUUUGGAAUCAAGAAACAGAGUGAUGAAGGAGAACAGUCGUCAGCUAACAAGACUGCAUGUUCAUACACUGGCAUACCAGGCUAUCCUUACUGUGAAGAAUUCACCAUGGAAAAAUUCAAAGGCAGCUGCAGCCAAAGCCUCCCUUACAGCCAAUAGACAUGUUUGUGGCUCAAAAGAGGUUGACAUCGAGAAAGCAAAGCUGAUAAUGGAUGAUAGCUUCUCAACCUCUAUUGCAGCAGGAAGCAGACGUGUACCUUUAGAUGUGGAACAGCCUGUAUCUUGUUGGGAUGAGGAACUGAAUGGAAGAUCACACAACAGGUUUACUGUAGAGAUAUGUGUGGCACCUGUGUUAGUAUGUACAGAGGCCUAUCAGACAGCAGGUGGUGGGGACAAUAUUUCAUCAGCUGGUCUCUUCUUACAGAUAUAAUAGUGAAGCAACAAAACUUGCACAUCAUUCCGUUUUUAUGUUCACUCUUGAUUUUGAUACAAAUAAGCAACAUACACACACAAAACCAAAAAGAUAAUGACACUGUUAACACAUUUUCUGCCAUUCCCAGGUAUCUCUGGAAUUCCUAUUCUGUUCUCCUGGAGAUUGCCAUUCAUAAUGAAUUCUGCCCUUCAGCAUUUCUCAGUGAACACUAUACUGAUAGCUAUCUGGCCUUGUGUUGCAUACUUCAUAGUUGUAUCACCUUGCCAGUAAAUUGCAUAAAAUAUUUAAAAGCCUCUUGGCUCUUUUACCCUCUCUCUCACUCUGCAAAUUGGCAAGAGUUUGGGUAAAAUAGUCAGCUGACAGGAACUGAACUGCGCCUGACUACUGUCGGGCUGAGUACUAAAAGGCAAAUGGCAGCUUUCCAUAUUUUACCCACCAGCAGUAUGGUCUGCUCCUACUGCUCGAUGACGUUAUGCUGCCCCGCUCUUUGCCACUAUCCACCUUUAGUACUUAGAUAAUAACUGGCAUGAAAUGUGUUAAAAUAGCACAUGGUAAUACGUCUGAAUGGUGAGGGUUUUCUUUGUUUUACUAUAAUGGGACAUAAAACUGUUUGUGAAAUUUUGUUCUCAAUAUUUUCAGUGUUGUUGCUGGAGAUUUUUAAUGUUUUACAAAGUGUUCCAAAAAACCUAGGUUCUUGUAAGACAUAAAGGGCAGUCGGCACAUAAGGCUGGCAGCCUUACUGCCAUCUGUGAUCUGUGAGCUGACUUGGCUUGUUACAGGGAUAGCUUCACUUUCUUUUUAACCUUCUCAUAAGAUGUUUCUAAAAUAUUUGAAAGCCAGGAAAAGGUACUACACAGGAAACAAUCUGAACAAAAGAGCAUUAAUUGUGGUAUCGUAUUUACAGCAGAACUAAUAUAUUGUCACGUGUUGGGUGUAUAACGCGACAAAUAACUUCACGCCGUAUUGGAUAUAGCGAAUAUAUUCC